AUGCAAAACCAAGUUGUUUUCAACCAACUCGGCGGUGCCUUCGUCAAUGGUAGCCCCCUCCCCCUGGAAACUCGCGAGAAGAUCGUCCAAAUGUCUCAAAUGGGAAUACGCCCCUGCGUCAUUUCUCGUGAUCUGCGCGUUUCUAACGGCACCGUCUCCAAUAUUCUCUCCUGCUUCAACAAAACUGGCCAAAUCAAGGCUUCAAGAAACGUUUCCGGCGGCUCGAAGAGAAGAUCCAAUAUCAGCAAGGAGCACGAAUACCUGAUCGUCGAGUACCGCAAGCAAUUUGCCUACGCCUGGGAAAUACGAGAAGAAAUGGUCAAAGAAGGCUUCCAAAAAGCCCCUUCCGUCUAUCAAAUCAAACGAGUGCUCCGCCAAAAAGGCUGCCCAGAAGAAGGCGACACCCCCGACCCCGCUUCCGAUCUCGAUCUUUUCCGACCAAAGGCUCGUCAAGCUCGAACCAAAUUCACUCAAGCUCAAGUCGACACUCUCGAAGGCGCCUUCCUCAAAACCCACCAUCCCGAUGUCUGCGUACGAGAAGAACUCUCCGUACUCACCGGCAUAAAUACGACUCACAUUCGAGAGUGGUUCUCCAACCGACGAGCUCGCUACCGAAGACAGUACCGAGACGCGCAGCAACUCUCAAAUCAGCCGAUUCAAACUGCACCCUGCCCUUCAAAUGCUCCAGCGGUUCAAACAACGGUGCUUUCUCCUUCUCCAAUGGCCGAUUCUCCACCAACCAAGCCUCGUCGAACUCGAUCCAAAUUCACUCAAGCUCAAGUCGACGCUCUCGAAGGCGCCUUCCUCAAAACCCACCAUCCCGAUGUCUGCGUCCGCGAAGAACUCUCCGUCCUCACCGGCAUAGAUAUGUUUCGCAUUCGGCAGUGGUUCUCCAACCGACGACGUCGCUACCGAAAUGAAUGCCCCGCGCAGCAAGUCUCGAACCAGCCGAUUCAAACUGCACUCUGCCCUUCAAAUGCUCCAACGGUUCCAACAAUGGUGCCUUCUCCUUCUCCCACCGAUUCUCCACCAACUUCUUGCCCUCAAGAAUUCAACGCUGGAAUGACUGCUCACGACGCUCAGUUCAUGCAAGAAUCCGACGCCACUCAACAAGCCCAGAUUUACCAGAACAUCGGUCCUCAACAAUAUUUUGACGUCCAGGAAAUCCACCAGCAAGCCAACUCUUCCGGCGGAAACAGCCCCAAUGAAUCUGGCUGCUACUCUCCACUAGCUUCCGCUCCCGUUCCCGAAGCAGCCCAAGAGCAAAUCUACAGCGUUCCAAUCAAUCCACCAUCCGUUUCUUUCAGCCCCGAAGACAGCUUCCAGCAAUACUUUAUGCUCUAA